AUGACAGCAGCGGAGGAUUCAAGGGCGAAUUCGUUCGGUUCUGUCGUUUUAGGUGGUACGUUUGAUAGAUUGCACGAUGGACAUCGAACAUUCCUUAAAGCGGCGGGGGAGCUGGCGAGGGAUCGAAUAGUGGUUGGAGUAUGUGAUGGUCCAAUGUUGGCGAACAAGCAAUUCUCUGAGAUGAUACAACCCAUUGAAGAAAGGGUGCUUCAGGUGGAGAACUAUGUCAAGUUAAUCAAACCUGAGCUGAUUGUACAAACAGAAAGAGAGCAGAAAGAGGUCUUUCUCAACUCAAGAUCGAGAUUGUGGAAAUAGUUUCUGAUGGAUCAAGUGGAAAUAAGAUAAGUUCGAGUACUCUUAGGAAGUUGGAGGCUGAGACACAAAAACAAGAUGCACAACAAGAAGCAUCAUGAACUUGGACAUGUAGAAUCAGCUUUGUUUUGUAAUUUUUGAAUACGAGUAUAUUGACCGAAAAUGUUCAAUGAAAAAGGUC